ACCUAAAUUACUUAUGAGGAAAAAAAAAACAAAGGGUAAGUUUAUUUUCUUAUGAAUAGAAUAAUAGUUGUCAUUACUAUAUUAUUUAGUAAUAGCGACCCAAUAAGAGAGCCAACCAUUGGGGUAUUGAAAGUCCUCCAUGCCUACUUUCUCCCCUCUCUCUCUUCCAUGGCCGAGCCCCUAAAGAAAACCCAUCAAACCAACCCCAGAAGCAGUUGCUUUCUCGGUUGUUUUGGGUUUUCCGGCCAGAAAAAACCCGUCGAAAAACCCAUCCAAACCGGUACCAAAAAGAAUCCCCAUUCGCUCUCUUGGCCAAUGUUUCGUUUGAGCUUGAGGAAGUCCCGUACCAAAACCGUGCCUGUGGAUAACACCGACAAGGCGGAGGCUGAUCAUAGCCAUACACCAAAGCUGAUCAAGAAGAAAUCGGAUGGUAAGCUCUCCUCUAAACCUCAGAGCCCUACCAAUCAUAAACCUUCACGUCAAAAUUCCAAAGCUGAACAGCAACUGACGUCCUCCAAUCGAGCUGCGAGAGAGACACCAAAAGAGACAAGGCUGCAGGGACCUGAACCGAAUAUCAUCCCCGGAAACAGGAAACUUUUGGACCCAACGAGCACAGGGUCAAGCCUACCGGGUUCACCGAAAAUGUUCAAGACCAAACCCCAACCCAAAACUCAAACCAAGUUGUUCCACACGGUUUCGUCACCGGUCCUAGAAGGGAACCAACGGGUGGGAAAUCCCCGGAUUCAUGCUCGGACCAACUUAAAGGAGCUCCAACGGAAAAACAACGAGGUGGUUGAAAAAUUGGACUCCAUGAUGGGUAUGUCUAUUAUUAUGGUGACCUUGAUAAUAAUGUUACUUUGGGGUCGAUUAUGUGCCAUUCUUUGUACGUCGGCAUGGUUUUACUUCUGCCCUAGUUUUCGGCCCACAAUUAACAAUAAUGACACUACUGUUAAAAGCACAGCCAAUUCAAAUGAUUUAGACUUGGAUUCGGAGGAUUACAAAAAGAAGGUGGUGUUGGAGGGGUUGCUUGAGAGGAACCACCGGAUUACACUAUGAAACUUUUGUACAAACAAUUUUCCUUUUGAUUUUGAUGCGCACAUUAGACGAAACUAUAUAUGUUUUGCUAUAGUGAGCCUGAAGGGCAUUUUGUGUAAAUUAUAGCAAUGAAAAUUUAGUUGUAAACUUUUAUGAAAAUGUGGGGUCAAUGUCUUCUAGAAUCAAAGUAGAGUUGUUCCAAUUUGGUGUUCUUGUUUAAUUGGCAGUU